CUGCCCUCACCCAAGAUGGCCGCGGGCGCGCCCGUCCGUCCCUGAGGCGGGACCAGCGCUGAGGGCGCGGGGCGCGGAGGCGGCCGCGGUCCCUUCGGAAGGCGGCUGGAGCCCGGCAGUGAGGUUUAAUGAGUCAAACUGAGCUGUUGGGAGUUUCUGUUGAAGAUGUACAUGUUGGUUGAAAAACGCACAAAUUCCCAUCUUCACCUAAAGAGGUCACCUGGCAUCCGAUCCUGGUCUCUGUGUGUUGGAAUAGCCUCCAUAGGUUUGGCUGCUGCUUAUUAUAGUGCAGACAGCUUGGCAUGGAAGCUCUUCUACAUGGCUGGGUGUUUCUUUGUGGCAGCCCAGAAUCUGGAGCAGUGGGAGGAAGCUGUAUUUGAUAAGAACAAAGGAACAAUCUGCCUAAAAACAUUCAACCUCUACAAAAAAAUACUGACCUUGUCAAAAGGAGGCAAUGAACAAGUGGUGGCCGUGCUGAGCGAGAUCCGCGAUGUGAACGUGGAGGAGGAGGCCGUGCGCUAUUUCGGGAAGGGUUACCUGGUUGUGCUGCGCUUCGUCACCGGAUUCUCACACCCGCUCACCCAGAGUGCAGUGCUGGGCUGCAGAAGUGAUGUGGAAGCAGUUGCCAAACUCAUCACGAGUUUCCUGGAACUGGACAGAGUAGAGACCCCACAAGAUUUCUCCCAGAGCAGCGAAACAGAGGCAAGUGAUGCAGAUGAACCACAGGAUAAAUAAUGAUAGUCACUGUUAACUGAAGCAAGCAGAGGCUUUCACACAUCUGGAAAAUAUUCCGAUUGUUCUUCAGAAAAAUAAACCCCUCACAACCUUGACCUGGGCAUUUCUCAACGUGUGCAUUUACAGUGGGUGGAAUCUGUCAUAGUUUAGUGCUAAACUGCUUCAAGACCCUGCAUGUUGACACUGCUGGCUUUUGAACUUUUGUCACCUCAUAAACCUGUCUAGGAAUAGUUAUUUAUUAAUGAAUUGGUUUGAAAUAAUUGCUUUUCCAUUAAUGAAGAUACAGAUGUAAACUUCUGCUUACUGUAAACAUUUGCUGCAGGUACAGUAUAUGAAAUGUAGAAGAGUAGAAUUUGUAACUCAAAACACAAUGCUUUGAGGCUUCCCCUUUAAUAUAUGCAAUUAGGAGAUGCAGAGUAGUGGCACUUUUAUGUUCUCUACUACUGACUUGCCAUUGGAUAUAUGUGGAAAUUGAAGUCUGAGUGCCUCUCUUGGAAUUUUAAACAUUAGGUUGAUCAACUUGUAACAGUGUCUUAACUUAUCUCAGACUCACCAAGGAGACAUAAAUAGCAAAGGAAAAGUGAUCAUGGUGAAAUGUCUUUGGGAUGUUCUACCUUAAUUCUGUUCUGCUUAACUUCUGGGUAGGACAGAGCAAUGUUUUUCUAGACCUCAAUGUUUACCAUUUAAACUGUGUAUUUAGAAGGGAAGCAGGGACAUGUGUAACUUUAGGUAGGGAAAAGACUGAUGUCAAACAAGGUGGUAGCUUAGAAUUGUUGAGUAUUUCCUUACUUGAAAUGAUACCGAAGUGCUAAAUAACUUUUUUUAAGGUAGGUAGCAUAGAUUGAAUGUCUGACUUGUACCUGUGUUUUACUCCAGGUGUGUGGUGUCCUCUGUUUUGACCAAUGGUUUCACAAAUAGUUAAAAUAUAAAUUUUUUCAAGGUAUUUCUAAAGUAAAAGCUACCUCUGUUAGUCAGCAUAUUCUGUCUAGAACUCCAUCAUGCUUACAUUAACAUGUCAGUACAAGAAAAAAUUGUAAAAAGCUGCAAGUUCCUUCAGCAUGCUAUAGCUGCUUGUACUGAAGUUCACUAGGUUUUAUUUAGGAAUCUUAUGGUCUGAUUUAGAAAAUAUUUACACAGUUACAUCUAGGAGAUCUGAACAGGGUACUAGGUAACUGUGUUGUCUGCUUUCACAGUUCGCCAGCAGCAAAUGUCUCCUGGCAGCAGCUUCUUCAGAAUUUAAAAGAGCCUGUGUUCUUGUUUCCAAUCACUCUACCUCUACAGAGAGAAGGCUCUGAAAAGUUUUUGGUAGAAGGCACAUCCUGUUGUGUGUUCCAGUUUGGUCUGCAGCUGAGCACCUGCUCAUCAAAGAUUUCCCUUCCAGCUGUUCGGACCCAGGAUGUGAGCAGAGGCAGAGCCUGCUGUUGUCAGUGGAAGGUACUCACACUGCAGCAGGGACGUGGCUGUUGAUGUAGCUUGCCUGCAGUACAGAACUAGUUCUGUUUCCUUUAAAUAAGAUAAAAAACUUGUAAUCAUGUCAGGUAUCUGUACAGACCUCUGCCAGUACACGUUCCUGAAAGUCCUCUCAGUUGGGGUAAUUGUGGGGCUUUUGGUGCCUACCCCACACCACCAGAACUGGGAAGCUGCUGUGUAUGAAUGUGGAAAAAGUAGGUUGCAGGCAAUUAGCUAAAUUUGCCUUUUUCUCCAGCACAGCUGUAGGCUAAGUAUAAUCAUCAAACCUGUUUAAAAAAAUGUUGCAGGGUGUAGAGUUCCUCCUUCCUCGUUUAAAUCCACUGUAAUGUAUACCCCAGGUGAUGCUCAUUUUAGAGAGAGGAGAAUGAGACUGGGGAUUUGGAGAGCUCUUUUCCCCCCACAGUGUAAAAUGAGAACAGUGAGUGUUCUAAGGACUUCCAGUAGGAAGUACUGUCCUAGAGUAUGUAAUGGUACAGUGUAAGCAUCAGGGCUCAGCCUGUGGUAGCUGCUGCUUUGUAUCAAAGAUGUUCAGAGAGCAUUCAUGGUGUGUGAUAAACCAGACAAAACUACCUGCCUUCAGUUUCAGCUCUGCUGGCUUUCGUUUGUAUUCCCAUGAGAGCUGACAUUCCAUGGAAGACAUAAACCACGCUGUAGUUCCCCAGUUAAAAAUCAGCUUUUGAGAGGUGCAUCUGUUGGUCUGACCCUGCAUUUGCAUCCUGUGUCCUGCUUCUGCUGAGCUGUAGUGUAUGCAGCUUGCUGUGCAUUCAUGGUGUUAGUCAUGUCUCCACUUACAGACUAUGCAAUAUCUUAGACAAAGACUAAAACAAUAUAAGGAAAAUUGAAAAUCUAUAGAAAGGGGAAUGACAUAUAGUUGAAAAACAUCCUGUGGGACUAAGUUGCAUGUUGAGUUGAUGUCAGGGAUCACCUCUUUAGAGGUGUUUUCCAGUAUCCUCAUUAUCCUGCUGUAUUGGGCAGGAGAGGGAUGGCUGCUGCCAUGCACAUUGUGUCUAGGAGGAAUAUUUUGACUCCUCAGCCUUUCCCUUGGAGCAGCUGGUGCCAUCCUCUCUUGUGCCAUUUCCAUUUUGGAUUUGGCAGCUGUCACUGUACCAACAAGUCUAGUUUCAGUGGGAACCUGUGUUCUGUAGCCUGAGCUAGCAGGAUGGGGUCCUGAGAACAUUCUGGCAGGCUGUGGGUGCUGCCUGUGCUGGCUGAUCCACCCAGGAGCUUCCUGUGGCACUGAUCCAUCUGAGCCUGCCAGUGGGACACUGCACCAGCGUUAGCACAGGCUGAUGGGGUUUUCUCUUGUGUUUCUCUUCAUCCACAUGUGGAGCUUCUUGCGCUCCAAAACGUUAACAUUUUUAGCUGGAAGACAUGGCCAGGUGCAGUGCAGUAACUGUGUGCAUGUACAAUCAACUUGAAAUUGCUGUUCUCAUGGAUUUGGUUAUGGCAAUGUCUGUGCACUCCUCAGCAAGGGGAUCAGCUUGCAGAACUGUGGAAAGCAGGUGCAGCUCAGGACAGGGUUCACUCUUCCCUUUUUGGAUGAGUCCUCUCUCAUCCUCCUUUUCUGCCACUUCUCACCAUUCUGCUGAAGGCUUUCCUGGAUGGUUUUGGGCCCAGCAAAGUCAAAGGCCCAGUAAACAGAUUCUUACCUGUGCCUGCUGUGAAGUGACUUGGACUCAAAGGAAUGACUUGAAAGACUCGUUUUGGUUAGGAAAUUAGGAACUCCUGGGAGACUCUCACAGAUGUAGUCAUUAACCUUUGCAUCUCAGGCUGUCUGGACACUUGUGCCUGGACAGCUGUAGUUUGCAUGACUUACUGAUUUUAAAAGCUGCAUAGCAGACCUUAGGUCAGCUCUAACACCCUGACCCCUAAACCAGCCCUUCUGUCAUGUCCUUCACUGUAACUGUUUGCUGAGUGCCACUUGGCAGCUUCAGCUCAUGCUUGGGCAGCUCAGUGGCACUUCCAUGCAUGGCUGUGGUGGCAUGGGACUGGGGCUGCUGCAGUGAGCAAAAGCCAAGUGCAUCUGUGCAGAGGGAGAGCACUGCUUUGUGUAACCCUUGUGUAACCUCGUACUUCAGUACUUCACAAUGAAAUAUCCCAUAUCUGGCAUCAACUGUGCAGGUCUCAAAGAAAAUCCACAUAUUUAUACCCGAGACCUGACUCUUGGGCUGUAUUUAUGAAGUUACACAGAUAAUAAAACCUCAGCUGGCUCACAUAAUAAAUAAAGAGUGCUAGUUCUGCCAGUGUCAUAGAUGGCUGAGACAAAAAUAUUUCUGGAAAAUGCCUUUUUUUUUAACUUUAAAAUUGCAAGUAGAAUUUCAGCAAGGCCUUGUUGUAUUGUCUUUUUUUAAAAAAAACGUUCAUUGAUAGAAUCAACUUUGAUAACUUGUUUUGCAUUGCUGUAGUAUUUUGUAUUGUUUUUAAUUAAAAUUAUUAAAAUAUUAA